AUGAACACCAUUUCAAAGGUCUUCCUUGUGCUGCUUCUAACUCUCUGGACAAACCAAAUUCUUGCUCAAAAUUUGAUCAUCUCAACUUGUGAUGGCACUCUGUACAAGGAUCUGUGCAAAAAAACUCUUCAAUCGGACCCCGAGAGCCGUGCGGCUACUAGUGUGGAAGUCCUAGCCAAAGUUGCACUAAAGCAUGCAACAUCUACAGCUACCCAAAAACAUAACCAAGUCAAGAAACUGCUCAAGUCAUCGACCAAGCCCAUUAAGGUUGACCUGACAGAUUGCAACGAGGUCUACGAAGAUGCACUCGAACAACUCGAUGACUCGAGCACUACCUUGAUAACUAAGAGCUACGAAUCUAUCAGUACAUAUUUGUCGGUCGCCAUGGGUGAUGCUGACACAUGUGACCAAAGCUUCGAGGAAGUGGCACCCGGCAAGUCUCCGAUAAGCACUCAGGGUACCACAUUGAGCCAGCUUUGCAGCAUUGUUUUAUCCAUAUUACCAAACAACUGGAAUGAAUUGUCUGAGCUAAAUUUACCAUAUUAA